AUGGGGAAACGAUUGAAGAGAACUCUGCCUUUCUGCUCCUGCAGCUCUCCUCGUCUCUCUUCCUUUUUCUCUCUUCGUGCUUCUUUCGCCUGGUUUGAGGAUGAUGUAUGGAUUGAGAUAGCCAAGUACCUAGAUGGAAGGUCUCUGGUGAUGCUUGCCACUACCUGCAAAUGGUUCUACAAGACUUUAUCGGAAGAAUGUGUGUGGAAAUUUGCCUGCUUACGCGAUCUAGCAGUUCCUGAUCCAGGAGAUGUGUCUUUUAAGUGGAAGAAACUAUACGCAUCAGCUUUUGAUGGGAGUCACUCUUACUUGUUUCGCCAGCAGGAGAAACACAUAGAUUGGAUUCGGAUUGGUGCAUUUUUCCUAGAAUCAUCAGCAGCAAUUGUGACAGAGAAGCUGACUAGUCCUCCCCGAAAGAUCCCUCAGAAGGAGACUCUUGAACAGAUGCUGCAAUCUCUUGGCUUAUGUGUGCUAACCAAUAUCAAAACUGGAAUCUGGAUUGCUGAUCUGCAGCUCGUACGUUGCCCAGUCUGUGACCUUAAUACAUGUGAUGGGACAAUGCAGACACUAGAUGCAAGGCAUUUUGAGCUUUUCAUGAAUGAGAGUUACCAUGAUGGAAGCUGGGAUUACUCACAAAUCGGCUCACAUGAAACCAAAAAACAUGUAGAUGGAGCUUCUGGUGCCAUAUUUGACGUGAAACACCUCAAAGAUGCUUCCAGUGCUGAGAUUUUUAACCCCAAGUCAUGGAUCGGAAAGCAGAAUGACUGGCAGCCAAAGGCUAAGCUCUCUCUUCAUGCUGUUGCAGUCAAUACAAAUCUGCAGCUAAAUGAUGGAAUAAAUGUCAAAUUCCAUGUCAUGAGAGCUGGAACUGAUGGCCAAAUUAUGGCGAUAAGAGUCUCUCAGCAGCUUCUGUAA